GUCACAAGACAUUUGAGUUCAAGGGUCGCCUAGCAUCCUUCUAAACUUUCUCCCUGCGUCUUUCCUUGCGAAACGACGUCUUACUUCUUCUUAAUGUAGCGUAUGUAGGAAACACAGAGUACCACCAUGCCGAUAGCAGCCACUGUCACUACGCGAGAGCUGAGAAACACGGAAACGGGGCUGGAUCUGAGCGUUCCCCAAACCGAAGAAAUUGCUGGUAACAGUCUACCAAACAGGAACUUUGGCUACCACCACACUGUACCAAACGAUCGUCAUCACCAAUCUUGCCGUCUUCAAGAGCCCAAAGCACAAGGCAAAUGAUGUGGUACAGUUCAUGUGCAGCCACAAGUAUGCUGAGUUUGAAGCUCUGCACAAGAGUCUUGAUGAGAAGUUUUCCGGUACAGCAUUACCCACCCUGCCCUCCCGCAUGGUUCUUAAGUCCUCAGCUGCCGUUACCAAGGAGAGAAGAAACGCGUGUGACACCUUCCUCAGGUUCAUCGCAAGGACUCCCAAAAUGGCGACCAGUCCUGAGCUUUUGGAGUUUCUUGGUGUCAGCAAGUCCAAGUCCACCUACUACUUAAGAAAAGCCGAGGCCAAGAUCACACCUUCUCAACCAGAAAAGAAAGAAGACAUCUUUGAGGAAAAGUUCCAUCCCUCGGAUGAAGAUUCGGCCAAACCUGAAGACGAUCAGAACUUGCCAAAAAAAGUUGACAUCUUCGGAGGCGAUGUUGGAGAUGAUUUGGAUGUAGAUCUCUUCGGACAGACGUCAACGAGUACAACGGUAGACGACGAUUUGUUUGGGGCGGCGCCCGUCAAGACCGGUAACGUCACGAGGUCACAGGGGGUCAAGUUGUUCGAAGAAGAAGACGAGGACCAAGAGUUGUUCAUUCCCGAGGGAGCUCGGGUAGAAACUAAACCAGAACCUACUGUACAGGUUGAAGAUAACACUGAUCUCCUCACCAUCGAAGACGACCUGGACAAACUUCUCAGCAUCUCCAAAGAGAAACCAAAACCAUCGCCAAAACCUCGCCCCGUACCUGCGCCAAGACCGGGCAAGAAGCCACCGACCGCGCCCAAACCGAACUUAACGAAAACAGCCCGUUCUGCUGACGAUCUACCUGGAAGUGACGUCAGUGCUGUAGAAUCUAUGGGUGAUGAUGACAUCAUGAAGUACAUUCAGAUGGAGUCCAAUCAACAAGAGGAUGAUCUAAAUCUUUUCUAAAUCAUCUUAGAGACCAAAACAAUACCAUAACUUGUAAGUCAUCAGUCUAAAGCUUCAUUAUGUAACAUUAGGAUGAUACAAAAAGUC